GCAGGAGGUUUCCUCAGGGCCGGCCCCGCUCCGCCCCGCCCCGCUCCGCCCGCGGCCCGGCGGGAAGCUCGAAAUGGCGGCCGGAGGCCGGCACUGAGGCGGGGAUGGCCACCAAGCGCCUGGCCAGGCAGCUGGGGCUGGCGAGGAGCAGCGGGCGGGCGCGGAGCGGAGCGGCGGUGGCGGCGGAGCAGCGCUUCGGGCACCUGGUGGUCGUGGACCUGGAGGCCACCUGCUGGCGGGGCGAGCGGCGCCACAGCCCCGAGAUCAUUGAAUUUCCAGCAGUCCUGCUGAACACUGCCACAGGAAAGAUCGAAGCUGAGUUCCACACCUACGUCCAGCCCCAAGAGCAUCCUGUGCUCUCUGAGUUCUGUACGGAACUGACCGGCAUAACGCAGAAACAAGUCGAUGAAGGGGUCCCUCUAAACAUCUGUUUAUCGCAGUUUUUGAAAUGGAUUCAAAAGAUACAACAGGAGAAGAAAAUUGUAUUCAGUUCUGAUAUUCCAAGUAAUUCUACUUCAGGAGCAAAGCCAUGUACCUUUGUCACUUGGACAGACUGGGACCUGGGUGUGUGUUUGCAGUAUGAGUGUAAAAGGAAGCAGUUGCGAAAACCUGACAUCUUAAAUUCCUGGAUUGAUCUCAAAGCAACAUAUAAGGCCUUCUAUAAUAGAAAGCCUAAAGGUCUAAAUGGCGCUUUGCAGGAUUUGGGGCUAACUUUUGCAGGACGGGAACAUUCUGGGCUGGAUGAUUCUCGGAAUACUGCCCGUCUUGCUUGGAGGAUGAUUUGUGAUGGAUGUGUGUUGAAAAUUACAAAAUCUUUGGAUAAGGCAUAUCUGAAGAAGAAUUUAAUUUCCAGAACACUGAAUGCAAACUUCGCUGACAAGACUCCACUGGGAAGUAACAGCAGACCUGAAAUGUCUAGAGAGAGAACUUGUAAAACAAACUCUCUGGCAGAGAAAAACCACAACAGUAUUGCAGGAAUUAUCAUAAAUUCUAACGUACAAACUGAAGAACAACAGACCACUUGCACUGAUACCUCUGCAGACAUCCAUGUUGCAUCGAGCAGCGGCUCGAGGACUGACUUAAACAAUCAAGCUCAAAGCUCUUUGUCAGUGUCUACUGACAGAUUUUCUCUUCCUCUUGGACAUGUGCAGCAAUCUCACAGUAAUUUAUCAAGAGGCAUUCAGCAAGGAUUAAACAAUGGGCAUAUUAUGAAUACAACCAGAUACAGCUCUCCAGUACAUGGAUCAGGACUAGUACUUGUGUCCACUACCAUCUCCUCAGUUAACAUCUCCACUGAGGAUAUCAGUACUAGUUCUGACUGUUUACCUCUGCUGGCUGACUGGGAAGAUGUAGCUUUAAUACCAGAAUCUCAAUCUGAACAAAAAUCAGACUGUGUUGAAUUUAAAGAUGGCUCAAGUAUGGAUAUUUUAACAGUGUUUGAAGAAGAAACAGUUCCAAAGCAAUCAGCUGUGAUGAGUUCAGAUAAUCAAAGUUCAGGGAAAACUGCUGUACCCGUAGAACCUCUCAAAUCUAUCAUUUACAAAAGUCCUGAUACUACUAUCUAUAAUGUAGGAACAGUACAAGGGCAGACUUCAAAUCUUUCUUUUAAAUUACCACCUGCAAAGGUAAAUGCUAUUUCACCACAAUCAACAUCAAUGAAAAAGUAUUCUACUCCUUUUGAGGUUCCUAAAAGAAAGCCAACUAGUCCAAAAACGUUCCCACCAGCAAAGAAACGGUCUUUCUCUAUAUAUCAAGAAAAAAAUGAAUCUUUUGAUCAUUCCUUACCUUUAAGAAGUUCAAACUUGUCCAAAGUGUCUCCUGCUGUUCUGAACUCCACAGUCAAUCUGAAUCAGUCUGUAACAGCUGUGAAAAAUGAAAAACCAACUCCCCCUCUUUGUAACUGUGGUCGAAGAGCUAAAAGGCUAUAUGUAUCAAAUGCUGGUCCAAAUCAUGGCAAAGUGUUUUUUUGUUGUCCUGUUGGCAAGCAUGACAGUAAUAAGAAAGGUUGUGGAUACUUCAAGUGGGAAAAUGCCUUUCUGAAAGAGAAAACUAAUGUUCUCACCCUGAAUGCAAGUUCCUUGACCUCUCUUGGAACUUGCCCCAGUAUUUUAGGAAAUUCUUCCAACAAAAACCAUUUGUUCCUUAGGCCAUCUAUGAGAACUUGACAUUUACUAUUUUUUUGUUUGAAUCUUUAAUCAUUAGUUAACUAAAUAUAACCAGGACAGUCUAAUGAUGUCAGAUGUUUUCAUCCCCUUCUCAGAACAUGACAUGGCUUGUUUAAUGUGGAUAAAAAUUGAAAUUGUUCAAACAUACAUUAAUAUUCAUAUAUUAUAAAUUGUAUCAUUAAUGAAGUGUGAGAGAACAGAAAAAACUAAAUGCUAAAAUUAGUAUAAGCAACUGUUAUUAUUUAUACUGUAUCAUGUAUUUUAAAUUCUUUGCUAGUCUAGUCCUCAACACUUUAAUGAUGCAGAUUUUACUUGCACUAUUUUUUCUAAAUAUAUUUUCAGUGAUUAUAACUGUAAGUUUGAAAAUGUAUUUAUAAGUUGUCACGCUUUUCAAAAGUGAUUCUUGAAGCAAGUGUUCUUUUAAACUCUUUUUAAAAUUAACAAUAAAGA